AUUCCGAUUGAUCAAAUCACGGUUUAUCAUCAAUCAAAUAAUUCAUUAAGAAUGCGGCAGAGAGGAAUGGUCUGUUUCCCUGUCUCCUUGAGUCCCAAUCCUCUUUGGGUAAUGCUGGCAGGAAUGUUGCUAAACUGACGCUACAAUGUAUAUGUUGUUCAAAGCUUUAUAAUAAAGUGAACGCUCAGCUUCAUCCAAAACUCAGCUUCCUCCAAACCAAAGGACAGACUUUGCAGGAUGCACUGGUGGAUUUGUUAUUUUGCUCUUUUAGGCAUUGUGGCAGAGACAGCUCCCAGCCCGUUGUUUCAAUGGCCUUUGGGUGACAAGUCAGGAUUGCUAGAAGUUCUCUCGCAAGGUCCUAGCAUGCAGAAGCCGGGAAAUCACUGUUUUCAUUUCGGAGACAAUGACGUAAACAUUCCGUAUCAAGCUAUAAGAAUAGAAAGCCCUACAACCCCACAUCUGUCGGUACUGUUAAACGAACAAAACUCAUUUCGAGACCUCGCAAUUUCCAUGUACAUCAGAUCCUCAGGCAAACCAAAAGGAACCAUUCUUCAGUACAAUUCAGACUCUGCAGAGAAAAUUCGAGUCGUCUUUGAUCCACUCGAGGGUUUUGCGGUCAUUUCGUUCCGUGAUGAGUACGACAUUCCGGCAGGGAUCGUGGUGGCUGAUGGGAUUGCUGUCCCCGACACGUGGACCCAUGUGAUCUUUCAGAGAGCGUACAAGACAGGUCGGAUCACUGUUUACGUUAAUGGAGAGAGGGUCGUAGACGAGGACGACGAAUUUCAAGACGAGGUCUCACUUCCGGCGACCGGUCAGUUGUUUCUAGGAAACACCGACCCACCGAACUCCGAGGGUGACCAGCAGUUUGAAGGCUUCAUUUCUUGUCUCCAGAUAUUUACACACACACUUAAUCCAAAAGACAUCAUAGCCACGCAGAAGUUUUGUCUUCCAGAGCAGUGGAACCUUGGAUAUCAAGUCAAUUUUGUACGGGAAAAUGAGAAAUCAAGAAUUCGAUGUGAAACUGUGAAUCCGGAUUCAGCUUCAAAAUACAAGAUCAUAACAAUGAGCCACUUGGUGAACGAAAAAAAUUGGAGAGAUCUCAAAGAUCACUUCCGGUGGGAACAAAGCGGGAAAUCUGAUGGAUAUUUUCGGUUAACUGAAAACAAGAGGGCGCCAUUACCAGGGACACUUACUAUUGGCAACGUCAAAGUUGUGGAUCUGAAAACAUGUGCGCGCCUCUGUAUUCGUGUAGGUGGGUGCAUGGCAUUUGCUUUCACGACAUCAGGUUCUGAUGUUAACAAAUGUCUGCUGUUUGACGUCAUUCCUGUGCCGUUGAUUAUGCAGUCAAACGUCAAGUUUUUUGUAAAAAAGGGAGUCACUUACUAGGGAAUUUAUAUAACUGAUCUAUUAAAAUUAAAACAGAAGUUGACCAGUCACCUGAGUGAGUGAAUUUCUAUUCUGUUGUCAUUUCAAAGUUUA